AUGACUGUAUAUGUAGAGAUUUAUUGUAUCCAUAUUUGUUUGUUAAAAAAGACUGGAUUAGAAAUGCUCGCUGACAAAGCUAAAACACUUUGCAAUGCUGGCUUCGCAACACUUAAAGAGAACUCCAAAACAUUUGCUUUGAUUGUCUUAUAUCAGUUUUAUGAAUUUGAAAAACAAGGAGUUAUGGGAGUAGGCUACCGAAUUAGAGUUUUGUGUCAAACAUUGCUGCCAUUUGUAGACUUUGAUGAUUGUCGGGCUGUUUUUUGA